GAAAGAAAGAAAGAAAGAAAGAAAGAAAGAAAGAAAGAAAGAAAGAAAGAAAGAAAGGCCAAAAAGAAAAAAAAAAAGCAAGAAAUCAGGAACCAUCCCUCAAGUGAAUUCCAAGGAGGCUACAGGUCAAGGGAAACAGCUAAAGGGACUCUUCAUCACCUGCCAGAAUCAGCUACCAUUACUUGCUUCUUUGACCGGUGGCUGAAUUUUCGAAACAACCUGAAUUUAUGCAGCCCCAGCAUCUGUGAAAUCCACCUGAGGGGGAAAAAAAACCAGGGAGCUGCUAUCUUCCUGCCACACCAGAAUCCACUGAGGACCUUUUCACCACGUCCCCCAAAGGAAUAGCGCACCCUUUUUCUGAACCAUACCCAGCCACAAUGAGCUCUGAGCAUUUGGUGCACGAUGUGGAAAAAGGGAACAUAGUUGUGAUUCGGGAAUCACCCCAGAAGGACAGCCACUGGAAGUGUCUCAGCAUCUGUUCUUUCUUGCUCCUGAUUGGGGCCGUGGUGGUGUUUACCCUCUUGCAAGUUGGUGCAUUUGGACAGUCCGAAAAGCAGGACUCUAAAACACAUGGAAAUUCAUUUUCUGAACUUCUGCCCGACACAAUGAAAGUGCAAGCCUUGAGGUCUGGAAAACCAGCUGCCCAUGCUGUUGCUUCCUCCUUUCAUUCACCACAACUGAAGUGGACUACGAAAGUGGUCCCUUCCAUUCUGGAGAAUGGCAUGAAGCUAAAUGAGAACGACAACUCCUUAAUUGUGCCUUCUACUGGACUGUACUUCGUCUACUCUCAGCUUGUAUUCCACAAAGACCGCUGCACAAAGCCUCUUCUGCUCACUCACAACAUCACCUGCUUGUCCUCAGAGUUCAACUCCGAGGUGGAAUUGCUAAAAUCCAUUAAGUCUGUCUGUGAGGAUGGAAAUGCCUCAAGCAAUAAAAAACUGUGGUUUGAAUCUAUUUAUCAAGGGGCUAUCUUCAAACUGAAUAAAGGAGACCGUUUGUGGUCCAAAACAGAUUCCCCUGAAUUUCUGGACUUCACUCAAUCAACACAGAUUUAUUUUGGGGUCAUUGCCAUGUAAGAAAAGACCUCAUGAUGCCUAAUUACUACUUCAUGUAUUUCUGCUUCGUUUAGUACGGCUACUCAUAAAAACAAAAGCUUCUUUGAUUGUAUAGAGAAGCCC